AAAAAGUAAAAUAAAAAGAACAAAAAAUAAACUAACCAAUUCUUCUAUGUACUAUAUUAGAAAACCACUCUUUUCUUUAAAGAACUCUCUCUCAUAAUCUUGAAACUAACCAACACUGCCUCAACUCCAACUCUCUCAAAGCCUCACCACCUAAAACCACCACCGCUAGCUACAACCACCACCACCACAACCAUGACGGCAAAGGACUGCGGCCACCACGACGACGAGGAGGGGCACAAGCUGCCCCGCCGCCUCUUCGCGGCCGUAAUAGGCUUCAUAAUCUUAAUCCUCUUCAUCAUCCUCCUCAUUUGGCUCAUCCUCCGACCAACAAAACCACACUUCAUCCUCCAAGACGCCACCGUCUACGCCUUCAACGUCUCUACCCCUAGCUUCCUCACCACCAACAUCCAAAUCACCGUUGCCUCUCGCAAUCCGAACGACAAAAUCGGAAUUUACUACGACAAACUCGACGUCUACGCCACGUACCGCGGCCAACAAAUUACACUUCCAACGUUAUUGCCACCAACGUACCAAGGUCACAAAGAUGUGUCAAUAUGGUCACCUUUUGUGUACGGUAAUUCUGUCCCUGUUGCACCCUACUUAGGAAAUGCACUUAGUCAAGAUCAAAUGGUUGGGACUGUUUUGUUGAAUAUUAAAAUUGAUGGACGAGUUAGAUGGAAAGUUGGGAGUUUUAUUUCGGGAAGGUACCAUUUGUAUGUAAAUUGUCCAGCUUAUGUUGGUGUAGGUGGAAAAAUGAUUGGGAAUAGUUUUGCUGUUGGUUCAUCAGCUAUUAAGUAUCAAUUGGUGCAAAAUUGUCAUGUUGAUGUUUGAACUAGAAGAAGAUGAAGAAUUGCUCUACUGUCAGUGCUCUCACUCAGCUCUACUCCUUUUUCUGUUUUUUUUAGUGUCGGAUUUUAUUUUUAGUAAUAUAAUUUUAGAUCUUUUGAUAUAAAUGGGAAUUAGCAAUGCCAAGUUUUAGUGGGAGUUAUUUAAUUUUGUUUUUAAUUAGUAACUCGAGUAUUUCUUUUUUCUUUUUUUUCUUUUUUCUUUUUUUUUUUUCCUUUUUGUGUAGUCAAUAGUUGUAGAAUGUUUUAACUUUAAUAAUGAAAAGCAAAAGUUCAAGAA